AUGUUGAAUGCAAACUUCAAUGUUAUGUUGAAUUCAAGUCAACCUUCUGUUGCUACAAUUUCAAAUAAACAUUCUCAUUUUAAAAAGCGUAUGAUUCCAACUUCAAAUUUGAAUUCCAAACUUACAGCACCCUUUAAAGUUCCACAAAUUCACCAUCAGAAUCAACAAAAAUUACUAGUAAAAAGCAAAGAAUUGGUGAUACAAACAAAAGAAAAUAAAACAACUACUUCUUCUAUUAAUAACGAUUAUGAACAGAUAUCAAUUACAAAUAAAUAA